UUGUCACUUUAAACUGGAGGAAAGACAAGCAGCAGACGGGGAGGGCAGAGCAAUUGUUAUUAUCUUUUAUGUGCUGCUUCUUUGGGGAAGGGAAGGUCAGACAUCUGUCACUGCUGUUCUUAGUGAAGGCUGCAGCUCUUGUAUUUGGCUUUUACUUUGCUACUGCGGUUAGAUUUCUGUGCCUUUGCUGCACUCUUGUGGGCGAUACAUCCAGAUGGUAACAGAGCCAGCCUUGAUGUGGAAACUGGCCUCUCCUCCUCCUCCUCCUCUUCGUCCUCCAACCUCCCUGCUCCACGCUGCUUCCUCUUCCUGGCUCACACGGCCCCUGGGAAGGAGAGAUGAGGGAGACCUCUGAUACUGGAAGUCUCUGGAUCCUGCGAGGCUUCCACAGCCGUGUAUUCCUUCUGUUUGACCUCAUUCAAUAAUCCUACAAUGAACUGAGAUAAAGACUACAUUCUGUGGAGCAUGGAGGCAAUCACAAUGAUGGGCAGUCCAAAGAGUAUUACUGAAUCCUUUCUGCCAAAUGGCACAAAUGGGGUAAAGGAAGACAAGACCACAAUUGGGAUCUUAGGAAGUGGAGAUUUUGCCAAGUCCCUGACAAUAAGGCUCAUAAGGUGUGGGUACCAUGUGGUCAUUGGAAGCAGAGACCCAAAAUGUGCAGCAGAUUUCUUCCCCCAUGUUGUCGACGUAACGCACCAUGAAGAUGCAAUUUUGAAGGCAAAUAUUAUAUUUAUUGCAAUACACAGAGAACAUUAUUCUUCCUUGUGGGAUGUUAAACAUUUGCUCUCAGGAAAAAUACUAGUGGACGUCAGCAAUAACAUGCGGGUGGAUCAGUACCCAGAAUCGAAUGCCGAAUACCUGUCUUCAUUGUUUCCAGAUUGCCAUGUGGUGAAAGGGUUUAAUGUUACCUCAGCGUGGGCACUACAGCGCGGACCUAAAGAUGCCAGCAGCCAGGUGUAUAUCUGCAGCAAUAAUGUCCUUGCUCGUCAACAAGUCAUUGAACUGGCUCGAAAGAUGAACUUCAUUCCGAUUGACUUGGGAACAUUGUCUUCAUCAAGAGAGAUUGAAAACAUCCCUUUGCGCCUAUUCACACCUUGGAAAGGCCCUGUAGUAAUAUCAAUAGGCCUUGCUACGUUUUUCUUCAUUUACACUUUUAUUCGGGAUAUUAUUCACCCAUACGUCAGAAAUCAACAGAGCGACUUCUACAAGAUUCCUAUUGAAAUUGUGAACAAGACUUUGCCGAUAGUAGCGAUCACCCUUCUGUCUCUGGUUUACCUUGCCGGCCUUCUGGCUGCAGCUUACCAGCUCUACUAUGGUACAAAGUACAGACGCUUUCCUCCAUGGCUGGAGAGCUGGCUGGAGUGUAGAAAACAACUGGGCUUGCUAAGCUUCUUUUUUGCUUGCGUUCACGUUGUAUACAGCAUGUGUUUGCCAAUGAGGAGGUCGGAACGUUAUUUGUUUCUUAAUAUGGCCUAUCAACAGGUUCAUGCAAAUGUUGAGAAUUCGUGGAAUGAGGAAGAGGUGUGGAGAAUAGAAAUGUACAUCUCCUUUGGAAUAAUGAGCCUGGGACUACUCUCCCUGCUGGCAGUGACCUCCAUCCCAUCUGUCAACAACGCCUUAAACUGGAGAGAAUUUAGCUUCAUUCAGUCUACCCUUGGAUAUGUUGCUUUACUGAUAAGCACCUUCCAUGUUUUAAUCUAUGGCUGGAAACGAGCUUUCGAAGAAGACUACUACAGAUUUUACACCCCUCCAAGCUUUGUGUUGGCUCUUGUGCUCCCUACCAUAGUGAUUGUGGGUAAGAUUAUUUUGCUGUGCCCAUGCAUUAGCAAGAGACUGAGGAGGAUAAAAAGAGGCCGGGAGAAAAAUCAUUUCAAAGAGAACACAAGUGGAUCUGCAGCCCACGUAUCUCCUGAGAGGGUCACAGUUAUGUGAUGGUUACUGGAGACGAACUGUACCUGAAAUUCAAAAUGAUAUUGCCAAAGGAUCCCCCAAAUAUAUGAAAGUCUAUACAGCAGCAGAUACACCCAGUUAUGUUACAGUGAUGGCUAGUUUUCUAACUGAAAAUCAUGGAAGGAUCAUUCCAAAAAAUAAGGCUCGCCAGAUGGAUGGGGAGAUACAGAUGAUAACUAGUGAUGGUCGCAUUUGCGCAGUUUCGCUUCGACGGAAAAUUCGCAAAUUUCCCGCGAAAUUCGCCAAACGGCAAAAAAUUCACGAAACGGC